AUGGUUUCUCGCAAGCUUCAAUUCCUCGUCUGGGCCACCGCUUUCGGCGGCGUUUUUGCCCAGGACUUUGAGCCCGGUGAGGAUGGCAAGUUCACCAUCUCUAGCGACGGACUGGUCGCCAAGUUCAUCCCUUACGGCGCUAGCAUGACGAAUCUCUUCGUCAAGGACAAGCACGGCGAGGAUGUCGACGUCGUGCUCGGCUACGACGAUCUCGAGCGAUACGCCGAGGAUCCCGGCCAUCCCGUGUACAACGCCAUUCCCGGCCGCUACGCCAACCGCAUCGGCAACGGCAAGUUCGAUCUCGACGGCGAGACCUACAUAACGGAGCAAAACGACGGCAACAACACCCUCCACAGCGGCACCAACAACUGGUCCUUCCGCGACUGGACCGUCGUCGACCUCUCCGACGACACCAUCACCUUCUCCAUCUACGAUGAGGAGGGCGAGUCCGAGGGCUUCCCUGGCGAUGUCUACGCCAACGUCACCUACAGCGUCGCCGGCAGCACCUGGAAGAUCUCCAUGGAGGCUACCGCGCCCACCAAGGAUACCCCUCUCCUGCUCACCCAGCACACCUACUUCAACCUCGACGCCUACAAGAACCCCGAGACCGACCUCAUCUGGGACCACAUCCUGCACAUGCCCUACUCGGCCCGCUACCUCGAGGCCGACCAGGGCGCCCUCCCCACCGGCAAGAUCCUGACCGCCAAGCCCGGCUCCAUCAACGACUUCGCCAGCGCCCCUCCCUCCCCUUUGGCCACCACAAGGACGACCCCGACUUCAAGGGCAACUGCGGACGCUCCCGAGGACGCCGUCGUCGUCACCCUCGCCAGCGCCUUCUCCGGCAUCAAGGCCGAUCUCAAGACCGACCAACCCGGCGUGGUCAUCUACUCUUGCUCGUGGAUGGGCGGCGACCAGGAGCUCAAGAACAGCACCCAGGGCAUCGACGACCGCACGCACGUCCAGAAGAGCUCGUGCGUUGCUAUCGAGGCCCAGGAUUACCCUGAUGGUAUUAACCACCCUGAGUGGGACAGGCUCGAUGCCCAGAUCACUGGACCCGAUGAGGUGUACACGUGGGAGAGCUCCUGGACUUUCGGUCUCCUCGAGGAGGCUGCGGGCGAGGAGGAGGAGCCUGAUGCGUGCGAGGAGGAGGAGGAAGAGGCUCCCGUAGAGGAGGCCCCCGAGGAGGAAGCUCCCGAGGAGGAGGCUCCCGAGGAGGAGGCGCCUGAGGAGGAAGCCCCCGAAGAGGAAGCCCCUGAAGAGGAGGCCCCUGAAGAGGAAGCUCCCGAAGAAGAGGCUCCUGAGGAGGAGGCUCCCGAGGAGGAGGAGGCCCCCGAGGAGGACCCUUGA